AUGUUUGAAGGGUUCGGUCCAAGUAAGAAACGUAAAACAUUAAAGUUAGCCACAGAGCAGUCUUUAGCGCAACAACCAUGGGUUGAAAAAUACAGGCCCAAGAACUUAGAUGAAGUGACAGCUCAAGAUCAUGCUGUUAAAGUUUUGAAAAAAACUUUAAAAUCAGCUAAUCUCCCACAUAUGCUGUUUUAUGGGCCUCCAGGGACUGGUAAAACGUCUACCAUUCUAGCAUUAACCAAAGAAUUAUAUGGACCAGAAUUGAUGAAAUCGAGAAUCUUGGAACUGAAUGCUUCCGACGAACGUGGUAUUUCUAUUGUAAGAGAAAAAGUGAAAAAUUUUGCAAGGUUGACAGUAUCUAAGCCUAGCAAACAUGAUUUGGAGAACUAUCCAUGUCCACCAUAUAAGAUCAUUAUCCUUGAUGAGGCCGAUUCAAUGACUGCCGAUGCACAAAGUGCACUGCGUAGAACAAUGGAGACUUAUUCGGGUGUAACGAGAUUCUGUUUGAUUUGUAACUAUGUGACAAGAAUUAUCGACCCAUUAGCAUCCCGUUGCUCGAAAUUUAGAUUCAAAGCUCUAGAUUCGAAUAAUGCCAUUGACCGUUUAAGGUAUAUCAGCGAGCAAGAGAACGUUAAAUGCGAUAGUGGUGUUUUGGAAAGAAUCUUGGACAUUUCAGCGGGUGACUUGAGAAGAGGUAUUACGCUAUUACAGUCCGCUUCCAAGAAGGCACAGUAUUUAGGUGAUGGUAAAAAUAUAACUUCGACACAAGUGGAAGAGUUAGCCGGGGUAGUACCUCAUGACGUUUUGAUGAAAAUCACUGAUAAAGUUAGAGGCGGUGAUUUUGAUGAAAUUAAUACAUAUGUGAACACAUUCAUGAAAAACGGUUGGUCAGCUGCUUCCGUAGUAAAUCAACUACACCAAUACUACAUCACCAACGACAGCUUUGAUACGAAUUUCAAGAACCAGAUAUCUUGGUUACUGUUUACUACAGAUUCAAAGUUAAAUAAUGGUACGAAUGAGCAUAUCCAGUUAUUGAAUUUGUUAGUUAAAAUAUCCCAACUCUAA